AAGUUGACAAACACGUGAGACUGGCGGCGGUUAGGAAGAGGUGCAGACGGAAUUGGAACUUCUGGCUUCGGUGUGGUCAUGUUUCUCCAGUAUUACCUCAACGAUCAGGGAGACCGGGUCUAUACGCUGAAGAAGCUUGACCCUAUGGGACAACAGACCUGCUCGGCUCAUCCUGCUCGGUUCUCCCCAGAUGACAAAUACUCUCGACACCGAAUCACCAUCAAGAAACGCUUCAAGGUGCUCAUGACCCAGCAACCGCGCCCUGUCCUCUGAGGGCCCCUUAAAUUUCAUGUCUCCUCUGCUACCCCUCAAGAGACUUUCUGAAACCAAGCUCUUCAGUGUGUGAGCCUAGAAGCCUUCUUAUCAUCCUUGCUCUUUGGAAUCGGUUUCAUCGUUGCCAUUGUUCAUGCUUGUGUGAAACAGUCAUGGUAGCAUACCUCUUAAGGGAACAAGUUUGAAUCUUUCCAUAUUUUGAAUCGCUGCCAGGUUAUUAAAUUGAUUUGAAAGAG